AGAGGCUGCUGCCGAGAACCGCGUGAAACUCUGACUUCCUCUGUGUAGCACAGGUUCCCGACCACAAGCACCAAAGCAGAGGGGCAGGCAGCACACGGCCAGGCAGCCAGGGUACCAGCCCAGCCAUGGUCCCCGAGAUGAGUGAACGCCAAGAGUUCCAAGCCUCGGAGCUUGACUUCCUCCUGGAAAACUCUUCCUAUGACUACGGAGAAAACGAGAGUGACUCUUGCUGUGCCUCCCCACCCUGCCUGCAGGACUUCAGCCUCAACUUCGACCGGGCCUUCCUGCCCAUCCUCUACAGCCUCCUCUUCGUGCUGGGGCUGCUGGGCAAUGGCGCCGUGGCGGCCGUGCUGCUGAGCCAGCGGGCGGCCCUCAGCAGCACCGACACCUUCUUGCUGCACUUGGCCGUGGCUGACGCACUGCUGGUGCUGACGCUCCCACUCUGGGCGGUGGACGCGGCCGUCGAGUGGGUCUUCGGCUCCGGCCUCUGCAAAGUGGCAGGUGCCCUCUUCAACAUCAACUUCUACGCAGGGGCCCUCCUGCUGGCCUGCAUCAGCUUCGACCGGUACCUGAGCAUCGUGCAUGCCACCCAGCUCUACCGCCGGGGGCCCCCGACCCGCGUGGCCCUCACCUGUGUGGCAGUCUGGGGGCUCUGUCUGCUCUUUGCGCUCCCGGACUUCAUCUUCCUGUCCGCCCACCACGACAAGCGCCUCAACGCCACCCACUGCCAGUACAGCUUCCCGCAGGUGGGCCACACGGCCCUGCGUGUUCUGCAGCUGGUCGCUGGUUUCCUGCUGCCCCUGCUGGUCAUGGCCUAUUGCUAUGCCCGCAUCCUGGCUGUGCUGCUGGUCUCCAGGGGCCAGCGGCGGCUCAGAGCCAUGAGGCUGGUGGUGGUGGUGGUGGUGGCCUUUGCCCUCUGCUGGACCCCCUACCACCUGGUGGUGCUGGUGGACACCCUCAUGGACCUGGGGGCCGUGGCCCGCAACUGUGGCCGAGAAAGCAGUGUAGACGUGGCCAAGUCGGUCACGUCGGGCAUGGGCUACAUGCACUGCUGCCUCAACCCUCUGCUCUAUGCCUUUGUGGGUGUCAAGUUCCGAGAGCGGAUGUGGAUGCUACUUAUGCGCCUGGGCUGCCCCGACCAGAGGGGCCACCAGCGGCAGCCUACAGCUUCCCGCCGGGAUUCAUCCUGGUCUGAGACCACAGAGGCCUCCUACUCAGGCUUGUGAGGCUGGGAUGGGGGAUCCCCUUUUCCCACGCAGCCCGACUCCCCCCACAUUCCAGGCUCCUCCCUCGCUCGCUCCCCAGACACACACUCCUUUGAGUCCCCGAUGGCCCCAGUACCUGCCGGGUCUCCCAGGGAGCCGCCCUCCUGGCUCUGGGGGCUGCGCCAUCACUGCUCCUUAGCUGCGCAGACCCCAUCCCACUGCUUCAGAGGUGGCUGCCUUCAGGCCCUUCUUACCUUGGCCGCUCGGAACACCAUCACCCUUCUAAUUCAGUAACUAGGUAGGCCUCAGCCUUCCCCAUAUGCAGGGAGCAUGAGGCAAACAGCAUAAUGGCAGCUGCCUUGGCCGGGCCUCCUGUUCUGCAGUGACUCUGGCUGUGGUUCCCGAAACCUCUGUGUCUGCUCACUUUGAUUUUUAUGUUUAAAACUCUGCUUCAAACUUUUCAAUAAACAAGCUAAUCAGGA